CCUCGUCUCAAAACGUAAACAAAGCAUCUCGCAAAGCAUGAAAAUUAAUGAAAACUUCCAAUUCGUGAAGAAUCGAGGGGAGUUUUAAGUCCGUGCGCGUUACGGGUGCUCGUAAGUUGGUGUUUUAACCGCGGAGACCAUUUGUGUGGAUGAUUUUGUGAGCCAUGACGACCUACGAAACAGAUGUUAAUGGCAAAUUCAUUCCGGCCACUCAGCGCCCCGACGGAACGUGGCGCAAGGCGAGACGCGUGAAAGACGGAUACGUGCCGCAGGAGGAGGUCCCGUUGUACGAGUCAAAAGCGAAGAAAAUCCAGGCAGCAGCGCAACAGAGAUACAAUCCUGCGAUUCCGUCGCUGCCCGUUGGCAUGUGUCCCCUCGUUGCGCAAGCAGUCAAGGAAAAGCAAGAAAAACAGCUGAAGAAGCAACAACAAAAAGAACAGAAACAGGCGCAACAAAACCAACAACAGCAGCAGCAGCAGCAACAACAACAACAAAAAACAAAAGUCAAUCCAACGCCAGGCGUGCUAAAUGUCACGAGCAAGUUCGAGGCAGUGAAAAAACCGAAGUCACAAAGUCAAGUUGCCGAACUUGCCAGCAAAGUGGAAGAGUUAACAGUCAAUUCGGGCGACGACAAGCAAGAUGUCGCGAAAAAACUAAAGAAACUCCGCAAGAAACUGCGGGAAAUCGAGGAAAUUGAGCAGAAAAUCGAGUCAGGCGAGCUUGCGAAACCCGAAAAAGACCAACUCGACAAGGUUGGGCGAAAGUCGGAGGUCUUGGCGGAAAUACAAGAGCUGGAGAACACGAGAAAACUUGUAAAGUAGCACAGAAACAGUAAAAAAAAUCUAAAGAAUUGAAUAAAAAUUGUCUAUGUACAUCGAGUUUCGUGUGUCAAUUUGUCUGUGAAACACAAUUUUUUGUUAAUUUUAUGCGCAAAAUAUAUAAACGGAACGUA